AUGUCCUCAUAUUUCUCGCAACAGGUUCCAAAUGCGACUUCACCAGCAGCAUCCAUGUCGCCGGCUGUGCAGAGACCGGCUUCGCCGUCAGACGAUGGCCGAUCAAGCAAUGCAAGUCGGACGCCUUCAAGCCAGGAACCAUACUAUUCUAACGAAGAUAUCGCCACACUGCACGCGGUAGUUGUCGCUGCUCAGGAGUUACUCGACUCGGUCCCCGAACCUAAGCCUCUUCCCGCUGCUGCGCUGUUCAAGGCAUACGAUGCUGUACUCCCCACUUAUGGAAUCGAUCCUGACUCCGAUCAUCAUUUAUCAGCGUUUGUUUUCCGCGUAGGUGGUGAGCAAGGCGAGAACAGCCUACUUGACAAGUUCCAGUCCAUACUGAACCGUAUGGGCAUUGUGUUGGAGUUUGGUGAUAAUACUACGGUCUCGGUUCGGACCUCAGCUUCUGUAUCGCCAGCUGCAUCCUUGGCAAGUUGUCAAAGUAACGAAGCUUUGCAUCAGAAAGCGCAUCAGAAGGACGAGGUACUGAAUGGCCAUCUUACUGCUGAAGUAGUAACGUCGCAGUUACCAUCCUCGCCUCAAUCGUCAUCGCAAUCACCAUCACCGCCAAGACUACACAAUCACCAGCAUGAUGAACAGGGACUGUCCGAAACAGACGAUGAAGAUGGUGAUUACGAGGAAAUGCGGAAAGCCGUUGUAUCAUCGGCUAUGAACCGCUGGCGUUCUUUAGUUGCGAACCGUCGAGCUCAACCUGCACAGCGAAUCCCUUCUUUUCCCAGUAUUCCCGAGGAAGCAUCCGCCGAUGUCAGGAACUUCGAAGCUCAAUCUCAUUGUGAAGGAUCUGCUGUAACUGCACGCCCGACUGUAACAUCGAUACAGAUGAGUGACGAGUCGCAUAGCCAGAAUCCCAUAAAGGAAUUGACAGGCGCGUAUGCCAUGCCAAUUUCGACACAGUCAUUCAUACAUCGGCCUUUUGCAGUACUCAACAAUGCAAUUCGGUCAACGACAUCUUUGAUACAGGGCAAUGCGCAACAGGCUCCACAUGAAGACCCCUCGCACCAUAACGAUGAAGUCCCUUCAAGUUCCAGAGAAGGACCUCUCAGUGGACUAGAAGAGACAAAGGAAGCGCUACCCAAUUCAUCGCAUAAUCCACCAGAGGUACAUUCUCCCACCAUUUCAGCUCGGUCCAACACAGCGAAUCAGAAUGAAGAUGCAAUCGUCCAUCAUUCUACACCCCAAGAAGGCCUAGGUGAUACACCACCACAACAAAUGGUGGCUGAAGACAGCCCUUCGACACCUGGGCUGCAAGUCGAUUUCGAGAAGGAACAUAGCCGACUCCUCAAGCGGGCCAGUAGAGCUCGUGAAAUUUAUCUUGCAAGCAAGGUCUUCAAUCACUGGGCCGAUCGUACCGCUCGGCGACUCGAACGAGAUGCUGUUGCGAGACGACAUAUGAUACGCUUCCGCUACUUUCGAUCUUGGAGUCAAGCUCCCGCGCUCCGAGAACCCGCUACUGAUCACAUGAGAGCCGCUGUCGUGAUAAAAAAGUGGCAACGGACCGCCACGCAGGAGAGGAAUCUGCAGGAGGUUGCACGGACAGCUGCUCGGGCCUAUCAGGCAAUGAAGGUCCAGCGCGCUCUUGACUGCUGGUCUUGCCAUCGCCUUGCACAUGUAGGCCGCCGCAUGAAGGCUUUGCGUAGUAGAUCUGGGGUCGUCUCGAAGUGGGUGUCGCGGGCUUCCCAUGAUGAGUCUCUUCAACACGCCAUACGGACCCAGUCAGGUGUUCGGCUUCGAAUGGAUGCUGUUCACCAAUGGCAGAGCCAUAGGCAGAAAGAGAAUCGACUGCUGGCCACUUCUCGGCGGAUUGGAGAGAUUCAACAUUCUUUUGCUUACUUGCGAGAAUGGUGGGAUCAAGCCGAGACCCGCCGAAAAGCAAUUGGUCAUCGUCAGCAACUCAUGGCAGAGAAAGUCAACUCAGCUUUUAACCUGUGGAACUUGAGAGCAAGAGCUCAAGCAUUCCAAUGGAGACGCGAGUAUCUUCAGGUUGGACGGGCGUUCGAUCGAUGGCUUCAGUGUGCAGACCAGGACGGUGAUAUGGGACGGAGAGCGGAAGAAUACUACGAGGGGCAGGCCAAGACCAAGGUCCUGAGGGGUUUCUGGCGACUACAGUAUGCUUCUUCCCAGAUGAUACGCCUAGAAAGUCGAGCUCGCCUGUAUCUUGGAGCAACUACAGUUUUGCGAACCUUCGAUCGAACUAUAAGGGAUCGCAAAAGCCAAGACAAGCAGUCAAUCAAGAGAUAUCUCAUGGCGCGAUACACACAAGUAUCAUCUGCCAGGAAGAAGCGCAAUUUUUUCAGUGCCAUCGACCGGUGGAAAGCCUUCGUCAUGGAGGAUCGAGUCCAAAGUGACACGGCGCAGGAGCUGCUAGGUCUGAAGGUGUCGCACCAAGUGGCGCUGACGAUCGAUACAUGGAAGGAACAAGUAGAUGUGCACCAUCAGCGCAAACAGUCAGCUGAACUGCAACAUGCGCAAGGCUGGCUAGAAGUCUGGAAGGUGCACACCGGUGACCUUGAUCAGCAAGAUACAGAAGCCUGGCAACUGUGGGCAGUUGCCAAACAACGCCAGUGCCUAAAAUCGUGGUCGAUCGCCUCCCUGCAGCAAAGCGGUCAAGCUCAUACGGCGUCGGAAGUUCAAAAGAAGCACGAACGUGAGCGACGCAACCGCGUCUUGCAACACUGGAAGCAACGGGACGAUAGAAUCCGCCUAUCUACUCGAGGAUCCCGCCCACACCCGAACUCUGUACCCGCCGCGUGGCCUCGCGGUGGUUGGAGGAUGAUUUCUGGGAGGCGUUCAAUGGUAAAUCGCAGCGAUCGGAGUUAUGAUUACUCUACUGCACCGCUCGAGACACCAACGCGAUGGACAGGUCAGCCGUUCUCCAUGUCAACGAUAAUGCCACCUGGAUCAAUGGCGCCGCUUAGGGAGGCUGAUGAGAACGACGAGGCAUUCUCCGGUGACGACGACGAGGAGGAACUGCCAUUAUCACCGUCGCUUAGGCCUGCCUCAAGGGGACCCGCCCAAUUCUCGUCUCUGUCAUCGACGACCCCAAUGGCGCCAGUGCCGUCGCACUUGGAACGAGGCACAUCAGGACAAAACGAAUCUGAUGGUGGCUUUGCAGCCAGAGGAACGACACCGCGUCGUUCGCGAAUGCCAAAAUUUGAAUCAAUCCAAGCGGCCCAGGGCUUGUCUAGGCAAGUCGAGGUUCCAGAGUCUGAAGGGCUUAGGCGGGAUAAGCUCUUGCAACAGCCACUCGUUGCGAAGAAGUCUUUCGGAUUCAAGCCUUUGAAUGGCCGUAUCGUUGCACCUCGAACUUCCUCACCGGACCCAAACUCUUCAAUAGUGGGCAGCAAAUCCGUCGGUGCCAAGCCCUCCGACAUGCAGUCCGCCCCCCUGCGGCCAACUGCGAAGUUUACAACGGCAACGAGAUCGACAUACAUCACAGGCAGCGCCUUUACGAUAUUGGAAGGAUCCCAUAGAAUUCUACAGACAGUCUACGACGAAGGGGAACAAACUCUAGAAGCUAUCGCAGUGGAUGAGGCGACGGGCAAGAUCGCUACUUGCACCUUGACCCAAGUUCGCGUGUACAAACCUUUCGGAUCGCAUGAGGACACUUCGAAGUGGGCACUUGAAGCCACCUUCGAUAUUCCCUUCCCGAACCCUGACGACACGCCAUGCACAUUGUCGUGGGGCAGCUCCGAGGAACUUCUAGUAGCCACCCACUGCUUGUCCCUGUUCGACACCAAAACCGAACCUAGGUGUCUCUGGCAGAAAGAGUUGUCGAGCAUUGCCAAAUAUGCAACAUUAUCAUACGAUUCGAGAUACAUCGCUUCGACGGGCCAUCAUGAUCACUUGAUCAAGGUCUGGCGUAGACUCAACUUCGGUGCCGACGAAGUCCGCUUCGAUCUCACGUAUCUUCGACACCCAAAUAUUAUAACCUCGGUGAGGUGGCGCAGGCCGUUUCAUGUGGAACAGGCAUCGGACAACGUUUUGUAUACCAUAUGUCUUGAUAAAUGCAUCCGCGUAUGGACACCGACAGAUACGCCUGACGGGAAGCAUUGGCAGCUAUGGGGCCAGGUCGAUGUUUGUGCGCCCUCGCAAGAGAAUCCCGAAGGGGUGGAAAUGCGGUUUGCUCUAGUUCUUGAUGGGCGAGAUUUUACCGCUUCUGUCGAGCAAGCUGUACAGGCGCGAAUGUCUGACGACUCGAACACCGAUGACCCUGUCGCUCUCGACCACCUGGUAGCGAUCGCAACCAAGAACCCGGAAAUUUGUAUGGCUUUUGACGGAAAAGGAAUCAUGUCAGCCUGGGCCCUCGAGAAUGUUGGGACUAUUACGGCGAAUUCACCAACUCUUUUCAAGGUAGCACAAGUUACAGACAUCCAUUUUGAGCUUGUCGGCAAAUUCCUAUCAGCUCAUGACACCCCUCAUACCGAGAUUGAGACGUAUUGCGACAAGAAUAGUGGUAAGGUCCAUUUCAUGUUGCACGCAUUUGAUGGAAGGAUAGGCGUGUUCAGUGGUAGCGUUGCAGAUUUAUUUGAUCCUACCACUAACGAUCGGCGCCUCUCCCUGCAAACUAUCUGGUCUGGACAUUCGACUUCUAUCACUAAAAUUGUGCGAAACUACAGCGGGCGGGCGGUAGUCUCUCGCACACGGGAUGGCGAAAGCAUCGUAUGGAAACAUCUCUUGUUGCAGCAGGACAACUCAGGGCUUGCUCUCACAAGAGCAAGUGUCGUACCGGAAAAGGGUCAUAUCCAUCGAAUAUGUGUGCUGAGGAAGGGUCGAUUUGUGGUAUUCCUCCGCCACGAAACAAUCUUACUUUGGGACUGUAGGACUCGCCGAGCUUCUGUGCUCGCUCAAUGUGGUUACCAGGUUGUAGGGAAACCCCUCUGCCUUAUCAUUCUUCCUCGGUCAGAUGUCAAGAACUACACCGUUGCUCAUAUCGCAACUAUAACCUCGGAAGGACAUGGCAUUGUGUGGGAAGUUCAAUUGCCUCGCUACUUUGACGACCCAAAAACAACAGCAGGUGCUAGUAUUGAGGAGCUAAGCCACUUUGAACUAAAAGACAUCAAAGAUCUGGCAUAUGUUCUGCCGGUAGAUCCUGCCGGGUCUCAACCUGUCGUCUCAAGCUUUCUAGAUAUAUUUGCUCGCGAUGUCGCCAUUUCUUAUACCCAUACAGGUCGCGUGGAUUUCUGGACCGCACGAGUUGACACUGAUAACCGUAGUGUUGGAUGGUUGUCUACAUGCACCACUGAGACAGGUAUAUCCCAGCCGGCGUUGGUAAGUGGAAGUACUUUGAAAAAGGCUGCUCUAGUGAAUUCGUCGCGGUCGCAACUUACAAUCUGGGACAUCGGGGGUGCUCGCCUCGAAUAUGAAAACAACUUUCAAGAGCAUCAGGUCAUACAAGACUUGGACUGGACAUCAACACCUGAUGGUCAAUCUAUCCUUGCCGUCGGUUUCCCUUAUCGAGUAAUACUCCUUUCGCAAAUGCGAUUCGACUACCUGAACAAAGGCCCAGCGUGGGCGCAGAUACGCGAGAUCAGCAUUCGAGAACUCACCCCCCACCCAAUUGGCGAUUCAACCUGGCUGGGCGAUGGUCAUUUGGUCAUUGGUGCAGGGAACCAGAUGUUUGUCCAGGACAGGCAUGUCGGAGUCUCCGAGUCGAUGAAGACAGAUUUGCGACUCCCUUUACGCAAAGAUGGCAAUCUGGAUUUGUUCCAGGUCGUUCAGCGUUUUAAUGGCCCUUUGCCGGUCUUUCACCCCCAAUUUCUCAUUCAAUGCAUCUUGUCAGGCAAAGCCACACUUGUACGACGCAUUCUGGUUGCUAUGCACAAGACAUUGAAGUAUUAUAUCGAAGGCGAGGCUCUAGAUGACUAUCUGGGGAUGGAUAUGGUUGAGUUUUAUAUGUCCGGGCAAAGCCACGCCCUGGCCAGUGAGAAAUCCAGUGGUAUCUACCUCAACGGCAAUCGCGCGAACGACGUCGACGAUGAAGACGUUUUCACUGAGCAGACUGCUGUAUUGAUCAAUGAAAAACUGGUUAAGAUCAAUAUUCCACAACUCUCCGGGCAUGAACAGAUUCAGUUGGCAGACAUUAUCGAAUGCGUUUCCCUCGUUGAGCGUCACCGCCGCUCAAUGGACGAGAAUGGCGCUCGAUUCAUGCUGUUGUUCCGUCAACAUGCCCUUCGCAAAGGACGUACCAACGAAAUGCACCUUUCAUGGAGGGAAAUCAAUUGGGCCUUUCACUCCAACAGUCAAGAUAUCCUUGUAGACUUUGUUUCCCGACAGAACCACGGCAACAUGCUGUGGGAGCAUGCCCGCGAGAGUGGUCUUUUCAUGUGGUUGACUGACCCAACUGCACUGAAAGCCCAGUUUGAGCUGGUCGCCCGAAAUGAAUAUACCAAAAACGAGGUCAAAAACCCAGUGGACUGCAGCCUAUAUUAUCUUGCUCUUCGUAAGAAGACUGUUCUUCAAGGCCUGUGGAGAAUGGCGAACUGGAACAAAGAACAGGCAGCCACACAACGAUUGCUCGCAAACAACUUUGAAGACCCUAAAUGGAGAUCUGCGGCCCUCAAGAACGCAUAUGCUCUGCUUAGUAGGAGACGAUUUGAGUAUGCUGCUGCAUUCUUCCUUCUUGCCGACCACCUCCACGACGCUGUUCAGGUGUGCCUUAACCAAUUAAAAGACAUGCAACUUGCCAUAACUAUAUCUCGAAUAUACGAGGGGGAUGACGGCCCGGUACUGCGCCGACUCCUUCAAGAAACAGUCCUGCCGCUGGCAGCCCAAGAAGGCAAUCGCUGGCUUGCUGCCUGGGCGUUCUGGAUGCUCGGCCGCAAGGAUGUAGCUGUACGAGCACUUAUUACGCCCGUGUAUACGCUGCUGGAAACCCCUUGCUCUCCUGACAUCAAGUCUCGGCUAUAUCUCACGGAUGAUCCUGCACUGGUCGUUCUCUACUCACAUUUGCGUCAUCAAACGCUACAGACUUUGAGAGGUGCUUCUAAAAUUACCCCAAAAGUCGAGUGGGAGUUCGUGCUACACAGUGCCAAGUUGUAUGACCGAAUGGGCUGCGACCUUCUCGGACUGGAUAUAGUACGGAACUGGGAGUUUCAGCGGUCUCCAGGAGCGGUUGGCCUCGGCGGAGAGGUCAACCCUCUAAAACUGCUCCGGAGGAGAAGCUCGCUAGUCGUUGCGGACUUACCGUCACCCGCCCUCCAUCUUGAAGCACAUCGGGAGAACAAGAAGACAGUCAAGGCACCCCCGACAAUGCUUGAAGAACCAGAUGCAGCUUCCCUUCUGGAUAGUUUCGGGUUUUGA